UGUGGGUUUCUUCGCAGUUUGCCAGGCUCUGGUUGUCCCCAGAGAGGUCAGUGGCCAGGCAGGGGAGACCCUCUCCCUCCACUGCUGGUAGCCCCGGGGCUACGAGGGCUACAACAAGUACUGGUGCCGGGGGACAACGGGGACUCCUGCUGCAAGGUGGUGGGGACGGCGGGCAGGGAAGCUCCCCGGCAGCACAGCUGGGUCUCCAUCCAGGACAGCCAUGUCUUCUGUGUGAUCCUGCUCAUUGCGGAGGACCUCUUCGAGGAAGAUGCUGGGAGUUACUGGUGUGGGGUCAAGAGGACGAGCAGGGACCUGAUGGAGCCGGUGUCUGAGGGUGGUCCCAGGUGAGACCCAGGAGCACAGGUCAGGUGGUUCCCACCCCACAGGCUCUGGCAGAGCUGCGGAGAGGCUGGGACCGAGCCAGCCCAGGAAGCCCACUGUGGUCAGGGCAAGACCCCAGCUGAUACCGACCUUUUCUUGUGGUCAGCAGACAGCUACAGUGAGUGAUCUCCAAGAUAUGCUUGUAUUGUUGUCAUAUGAACCCUGGCAGCUGGGCGGUGAUGGGCCCUGCGCAGAUGACGGCUGAGCAGGGUGGCUCGCUGACAGUGUCCUGCAGCUACGAAAUGGGCUACGAGCUCUACUCCAAGUACUGGUGCCGGCAGGCUUUCCUCUCGUUUUGCUUCACCUACAUCGCCCAAACCAACGGCUCGGAGGUGACGGUGACGCAGGGCAGGGUGUCCAUCAGGGACAACCACUCGGCACGCUCAUUCAUGGUGACACUGAGCAGCGUCAAGCUGGGGGAUGCCGGCUGGUACUUCUGCGGGGUGAGGAAGAGCCUGUUGUUCAGCCCGCAGCACACCACCGAAGUGAUGGUCUCCACAGCUGUUUCAACCACAACCGAGGGCAGCAACGUGAGCCUGUUGACCACCAACCGCCUGUGCCCCACGGGCUGUGGGGACCCUCCAGUGCCGUCCCAGCUCAGCAUCACCUACCUGCUGCUCUUCCUCAGCGUGAAGGUGCCCGUGGCGCUGGCCCUGGCAUGCGGGGCUGCCUGGGUGAGGAGCCGGCGCAGGAGCCGUGACCGGGAAAACCUCUCUGAGGCAGCUGGCAGGACCAAGGCACCGGGCUGCCCACCCGCCCCGACCACCUUGGAAGCGCAGGGAUGCCCUCCUCCCCCCUUGCCCCCCACCCUGCCAGGGCUGCGCCACCCGUCACGGCCACCCCACGCCGGGAGGUGCUCGGAUUUGGGUGCUUCUCUCCCUGUGAAUCUUCGGUCCCACCUGGCAGCCCCUGUGCUGGAGAGGGGAGGGUUUGGGGCACAGACAGCCCGCCCCUGCUGAGCUGGAGCUGCCAACUGAAAACAAUUUUGCAAUAA